UGGGCGGCGCUGGGUGCCGAAGACGACGUGAACACACUGAGUGUAUGCGCAGCCUUCAUGAAAGCCGACAGAGAAGUGAAGCGCCUGUUUGUGGGUGGCCUUGGUCAGAACAUUUCCAAGGCAGACCUACAAAAUCAGUUCAGCAGAUUUGGAGAAGUUUCUGAUGUGGAGCUCAUCACACGAAAAGAUGACCAAGGAAACCCACAGAAAGUCUUUGCAUAUAUCAACAUCAGAGUAGCAGAAGCAGAUCUGAACAAAUGUAUGUCUGUUUUAAAUAAAACAAAAUGGAAAGGUGGAACACUACAAAUUCAGCUAGCAAAAGAAAGUUUUUUGCACAGAUUGGCCCAGGAGAGAGAAGAAGCAAAGGCAAAGAAAGAAAAAUCAACAAUAGACAACACCAGCUUUUUGGAAAAGUUGGGAGUGGUGGAUUUCCAUGUGAAAGCUGUGCCAGGGACAGAAGUGCCAGGUCACAAGAAUUGGGUUGUGAGUAAAUUUGGAAGAGUAUUACCUGUCCUUCACCUAAAGAAUCAACAUAGACGUAAAAUCAUGAAGUACGACCCAUCAAAAUACUGCCACAACUUAAAGAAGAUCGCGGAGGAUGUCACUCAUGCCACCCCUGUGUCCAGCCUUACCUGGGAACUGGAAGGAGGGGAUGACCCUAUGAGUAAGAAGCGACGAGGGGAGUUCUGUGCUGUUCACAGCCCCCCCCGGAAGAGGAUCAAAGCACAGAAGGACGAGGCGCCCGCUGCUUCUCCAGCUGUGAGAGCAAGACCCCGCAUGGUCCCAGGGGGUCUGUAUCCCACACAACAAGAGGUGGCACAGGACGCACCCUGUAAGCCCGUUACUGCUCAGUUGCCCUUUGUCCCUGCUUCUCACAGCCAGAAACUUAACAGUGUGUUCGUUCAGGCUUCUGGCACAGGAACUACCAGGCACAGAAAUCACAUGUCUGAAGAAGAGAUGCGAUUACCGAUCGCAAGAGAGGAAAGCCUGGGGAAAACUGCAUGGUCCUCAGUGGGUGACUCUGUACAUGAGCCCUUUGAAGUCGUGCAGGGGGACUUCAGGUCAGGUGUUCGUAAGUUGCGUUCUGUAACAGCAUUACGUGUCAGUAACGUCUCCUGCCGGGAUGGGAAUGGUAAUGCCCUGGGAAACGAUUGCAACUAUGAUUCAGGAGAUACAGAUGAGAUCAUCGCAGCAAAGAAAAAGACCAGUGAGGUCAAAAACAAUGCAGAGUUUUCACAAAUGGAAAAGUCUGCACCCAAGAAAACGUCUUUGAGAAAUAGAAAAAACUGUGUUACAGCGCAAAAAAGAAAGAACAACCCAGAGCAAGCCGUCAGUCCCAGGGUCCCAGCCCACUGCAGCAGCAGGGAAGAGGCAGGCUCUGCAUCAGAAUCUGCCGAGUCUUCGGGAGAUGAGGAGUAUGAUGCCAUGAUGAAAAACUGCCCCCGUGUGCAGCUCACCUUAGCUGAUCUGGAACAGUUGGCUGGCGGCAUCCUGCAGCCCCCCGAAGAAGAUCCUGAGCACGGUGGCCAGGAGACCGCCACAAAGUGUGACAGGACUCCGGGUGGCCUCCACAGAGCAGCCCAGCCAUGUAUCUGUCCCGAGGACAUUGUGGCUGCCCUUUUAGAAGGAGAAGAGAACACCUGUGGAAAACAGAAACCGAAGGAAAACAACUCAAAGCCAAAAUUCCAGGCUUUCAAGGGAGUAGGCUGUCUCUAUGGAAAGGAAUCAAUAAAAAAACACUUGAAAGAGAUUGUUGCCUCUGACAAUAUAAAUAAAGAUCAGAAUUCCUUGAAACUUGAUCCCAGUAGCAUGUCGAUGGAGAAGGGGUCCCCAUCAAGCAAACUAACUCCUCUCCAACAUGCAAAGAAGACAAAGGACCCAAACCAAACUCGGCCUCAAAAGAGACGUUCUCCUUUCCACAGCCAGGAUCACAAGAUGGUGUCCCCUAGCAGUUUGGAAGAGGGAGGUAGGAAUCCUAUUUCUAGUCUUUUGCCGUUAAAAGAUAAGAAAUAUUUAAGUCUUGGUGCAAAGACCCCCGAGGUAGACUUUGAUGAAGACUGCCGCCACAGGACCGGGGAGACCGGAGAGGGCUCCGGACAGAGGAGCCACCCGGCGCCUGGGAAAGCACCGGAGGGCUCCUCCAGGAGAGAUGCUCGGGGAAGCAACACCAACUUCCCACUUUCUGUGAACAUUUGGUCCGAUGUUCACACUAAGGAGAGGCAUGCUGAAGACAAUCAGAAGCGUUUGGCAGCCUUGGAAGCAAGGCAGAAAGCAAAGGAAGUGCGGAAGAAGCUGGUUCAUGACGCCCUGGCAGACUUGGAUGGUCAUCCAGAGGACAAGCCGACACACAUCAUCUUUGGCUCUGACAGCGAGACAGAGGAGCAAAGCCACCUGGGAGAGGAGCCCCUGAAGGAGUCCAUGAGCAGAGCAUCUGGGAGGCUGUUUGACAGCAGUGAAGACGAAGAAUCUGGCUCCGAGGACAGUCACAGGUUCAGAAUUAAACCUCAGUUUGAGGGCAGAGCUGGGCAGAAGCUCCUGGACUUGCAGUCUCACUUCGGCACUGACGACAGAUUCCGCAUGGACUCCCGGUUUCUGGAGAGUGACAGUGAAGAGGAACAGGAAGAGGUAAAUGAUGAGAGAACAGCGGAGGAAGAGGAACUUGCUGCGGAGAAGCUCAGAGCCCUGAACGUCGUGCAGAGUGUUUUGCACACUGCCGUGAGCAGUUCUGCACACAGAGGAUCUGGAGCUGCCAAGAAAUUUAGGGAUGUCAUACAUUAUGAUCCAACGAGGCAUGACCACGCCACUUACGAAAGGAAGAGCAGUGAUAAACCAAAGGAAAGUAAAGCAAAACGGAGGAAGCAAAGGGAGGAGGCCGAGAAGCUGCCUGAAGUGUCUAAAGAGAUGUAUUAUAGCGUUGCUGCGGACAUAAAGGAAAUAUUUCAGACUACAGAAGUUACCAAUGAAACAGCAGACGACACACCCUCUAGUGAGAAUCGCAAUGGCGAGAAAGUUGACACCUACCACCCGGCCACUCUGACGACAGCGGCCAAGCAGCCUGGAGGGUUCACGUUCUCCUUUUUUGAUUCAGACGCUAGAGAUGUAAAGGAAGAUGCCUACAAAGCUGAGCCGGUGAAAACCGGGAAGGUUGUCUGGCAGGGAGCCCCUCGUUUCCAAGAUAGCAGUUCCGAAGAGGAGGAUGUUGCCGAAGAAGAAACAGAAGACAGGGAGCCCAGCCCCAGAGAAGUAUCAUUACCUGAGAAAGAGACCACUAGAUUUUUCUUUUUUUCUAAGAAUGAUGAAAGACUUCAUGGUUCUGAUUUAUUCUGGAGAGGAGUGGGGAAUAAUAUUAGCAGGAAUUCUUGGGAGGCCAGAACAAACAACUUGCGUAUGGACUGCCGCAAGAAACAUAAAGAUGCCAAAAGGAGAGUGAAACCAAAGUAACUGUCAGCAUUGGUUUUGAUACAAAUGUGAAGAAGGCUCACCUUUGGAAACUGGGUGAUACAGAAAAUAAUUUUAAAUGAGAAGAACUCACAGUGAAGGAGUAUUCAAAAUCUGCCUGAUGGAUAUCACUCUGCUAUCUUUUUCUGUGGCUUUCCUCUGUAUCUCUUCCUAAGUAACUCUUCAAAAAAAUAACCUGACCUUUUUUUUUCCUAACAAAGCACAAGACAAUCCCCCAAAAUGCUUUUUAUAUUAUAAUCUCUGUGCUAUUCUCAGUAACUACUAGGUAUUUCUAAUGCGGGGUUUACAUAAAGUCUUUUUAAAUGUAUGGGUAAGAGCACUUACAUUUUCCAAAUUCAGCUUUGUGUAAAUUAUAUGCUACUUGAAAUAUUUAUUUCUCAUUGUAUAAAAUAUACUUUACCUCCAUUUU